AUGAACAACAAACUGAAGCGACUACUCUUGAAUCACUUCUUUCACUGGGAAAAAACCGUUCUCGCAUGCCGUCGUCCCAAGACACCACAUUUUUCAAGCAACGAAGCCUAUCCAACCGUUGCUGCUAACACUGUCGGGCGAACUCUUUCUCCCCCUCCCUCUUCGGCGCAUAUUAAGGCUCCACUAUCCCUUCUCCACCGUGCCUUGCGCAUUCAGAACAUCGCGCCCCACAAAAACAUCAAGUCAAUAACUGACCGAAUCUUCAGUGGACCGCUUGAAUACGCUCAGUUACAACAAGAAGGCUCAACACAUUUCGUGACUCUGAGCUUCCUCAGCAGCGACUCUGCCUGGCUGUUCGCUCGCUCCCAGCUUACCGACCCUUUGAAGUUGGAACAACUCACAGGCUCAGAUUUGGCGCGUUGGGAAUGGCUACCGCCAACCCCACUCCCGCGCGAAACUGCCGAUGCUAUAGGCACCAAGCUCGCCAGGCGUACGCUGUGCAUCUCAUGGCAUAAGUCCUCCCCGUAUCCCACAACCCCUCAGAUUCACACCCUUCGGAGAAAGUUAUCGCGAUUUGGACCUUUUGUGUGGUUCUGGCAAUUCAACGAUCGGCGUUUUGUCGUCGCCUAUGCCGACAUCCAAACCUCGAUUUUUGCACGCAACAGACUGGAGGACGCCUUAGAGAAUCAGGCCACAGUCAGGUACUUCCCUGAUUGGACUGAGGUCUCCACAUCGUAUCGUAAUAGUCUAUGGAACUGGAGGAUGGAACAACAACAGAGGGUGGGAAAUAAGAGAGGGGUCACUCCGGAAUGGCACUGGAACUAG